GAUGAUGCACCUCUGAUCUGUAAAGGAUAACUAUGCUACAAUCCACAGACUCAGAGAGACUGGUCAUCCAGAAAGAAAAAACCACCAUGGCCACAGAGGUAGAACUGAAACCUGUAAGUGAACAGAGUGAGUACGUCCUAGGCAUGCAAGUGGACAAGAAGACCCGUCCCCAGAAAGUCCCGAGUUUGUGUUCCGUGCGCUACGGAAUGGCCUUCCUCGCACACUUAAGCAACUUCACAUUCAUAGCACAGAAUUCCAUCAUAAGCAUCACUAUGGUAGCCAUGGUCAACAGCACAGACAACCAACCUCACCUCAACAGCUCCACAGAAGGGCUUCCCACCAAUUUAAAUGGUGACCAACACGAAGCCUUGAAGGAUCUUUCUGUAAAGGCCCCCGUGUAUAACUGGAGUCCUCAAACCCAAGGAUUCAUCUUCAGUUCUGUCCAGUACGGCAUGAUGCUGAUGCAGGGCCCUGGUGGAUUCUUGGCUGGGAAAUUAGGAACUAAGAAAGUGGUCGGAGUUGCUCUGCUCGGGUCCUCACUGCUCACUCUCUUCAUCCCGUUGGCUGCCAAUCUCGGACUAGCCGUUCUCCUGGCAACGCGAGCAAUCCAGGGCUUAACCCAGGGCACUGGAUUCGGGGGUCAGUUUGCACUCUGGCAGAGAUGGGCUCCUCCGAACGAACGCAGCCGACUCUGCAGCAUUGCUCUGUCAGGAAUGGUGUUGGGAAUCUUUGCUGUCCUCCUUGUGGGUGGCGUCAUUAGUGAAGCCCUUGGCUGGCCCUUUGUCUUCUAUAUCUUCGGCGGUAUCGGCUGUAUCUGCUGCCUUCUCUGGUUCAUUCUGGUUUAUGACGACCCUGCCUCUCACCGGUGGAUAAGUGGUCCAGAAAAGGAAUACAUCAUAUCCUCCCUGCACCAACAGGUCAGCUCAGAAGAUCAGCCGCUUCCCAUCAAAGCCAUGCUCAGAUCUCUGCCACUCUGGUCCAUAUGUCUUUGCACUAUGACCCACCAGUGGCUUGUUAACACCUUUAUAAUAUACACCCCAACCUACAUCAGUUCUGUGUUCAAAAUCAACAUCAGAGACAAUGGGUUCCUGUCUUCUCUUCCUUUUUUCGUUGCCUGGGUUGUUGGUAUCCUGGGAGGCCAGCUCGCAGAUUUUCUUCUGAGCAAGAAUUUUAGGCUCGUAACUGUGAGGAAAAUCAUCACAAUUUUAGGAAACGUCCCCCCAGUAGCCCUCAUUGUGGCUCUGCCCUAUGUCCAGUCCAGCUACAUCACAACAAUUGCAUUUCUGACGCUUUCCUGUGGAUUGAGUCCUCUGUGUCAGUCCGGAGUCUAUAUCAAUGCUUUAGAUAUUGCCCCAAGGUAUGCUAGCCUUCUUCUGGGAACAUCUAGAGGAUUGGCACAUUCAUCUGCUGUGCUGGUACCCAUUGUUGGUGGCUUUUUCCUCAAUCAGGACUCUGAAUUCGGGUGGAGGAAUUUAUUUUUCGUAUUACUUGCCGUUAACCAGUUUGGCUUAAUCAUCUACCUCGUGUUUGGGAAAGCAGAUGUCCAAGAAUGGGCUAAGGAGAGGACGCUCACUCGGUUGUGAAGCUGUCCCGCCUCCAGUAAAGAAAUCAUUACACAUGCUGGUUCCUAUGUGGGAAGACUGCCAUCAAAAAUGACAUCAGGUCCCCCUGUCCCUUUCAUUCAGAUUUCUUGUGAAGAAAAUAUAAGAUGAAUAAAAAAUAAAGUAAAAUAUAGCAAAGAA